UCACAGGAGGAACAAUGUUGUUGUUCGCUGUUCGGAUUUUGUGUGAACAGUCUGGAGUUUAAACCGAAAAGUCACAAUGUGCCACUGUCCGCCUUUUAAACCUCAACACAGUACUCUCAUGUAGCCGAAACGCGUGGAGAAUAAAGCAUGGAGGUGGUGGACAGUCCUGUAAAUCUCGCCCAUCAGCAGUGCAGGAAGGCAGACCGCUUGCUUGCUGCUGGGAAAUAUGAAGAGGCUAUCUCUUGCCACAGAAAAGCUGCAGAAAAGCCUGAACUGUUCGGGGAGAGUGUAACGCCCGACAGCUGUAGAGCAUUGGCCGACAAACUGCUGAAGGAGGCCAUGAAACUCACAGAGUGUGAACAGGCUCGGCUGUCUUUAGAGCUGCAGCGAGACAGCCACGUGAAGCAGCAGAGGUUGAUCGAGGAGCGGUGGAAGCGCGCGAGGCGAGAAAACAAGCCCCGCGGCCUUCAAGCGCUCCCUCGCUCGUCCUCGGAGUCGGCGCCUCAUGCUCAGCUGAGCUCCUCCUCCUCCUGCCCCGAGCGCGAGUACGACACCUGGCUGUACCUGCUGAGAAACAGAGGCUCUCCCGGCGCGGCGCCCGAGCCGACCUCAGGCACCAAGGCCCGCAAAGACGACAAGACACGCCUGGAGGAGCAGCGCACCACCAUCGAGGACCUGCGUCAGCUGCUGGAGCGCCUGUUAGCAGAGAACGAGCGGCUGACGCGGGAAAAUGAUCGGCUACGCCAGGAAAACGUGCGCCUGCGCAGGGAGAGCGACGCCGAUGCCCAUCUGGUGGAGAGCUCGGAGCUGUGGCUCCUGCCUUCAGCACCUGACCAGCGCAAACCUGCAGGCAUCACCAUCCCACACCUGCCCCCGCUCGAGAUGCCCCCUCACGAGAUCCCGCUGGAGGAGCUGCCUGCGCUCGAGUUGCCUGAAGACAUCCAGCAUGAGCUGCUGGAGCUGCUGGACGGAGAGAAGCUGUGAGCAAACUCACGCUCACCAAAGGGAAAAAGAAACAUCGGCGUCAGCGCGGUCACGCCACUCAGGUCUCUGACCGCGGUCUCGGUGGCAUGAACGGCUCGUUCUUAAGAGUCCGAUGCUAAAAUUUUUUUAUUUCUGCGUUUCUCUAACGAUCCUAGGUACUGCAGCUAUUUGAUACAAAAAAAGGACUUUUGCAGGUCUUGUGCCUUUUUUGCGUAUUUCCAUUGUGUGAUUAAGUCUAAUGAGGAAAAUAUCUCAUGGUGGAAGCCAUGAUCAUCUGACUAGCUCCGAGAGCGCACGACUCAGUCGUUUUGGGAAAAUAUCAAAGCCUGGUCUUUAUCAGGAGGAGACCCGGGUAUCUCGAAGAACCCACUUUAUCCUAAACACGGACACGGACACGGACAGCAAGCACUGUGAACUCUGUGUGUGUGUGUGUGUGUGUGUGAGCGAGAGAUCAUGCAUGUGUUUGCGUGGCUUCUUGAUUUUUUUUGUUAGACAUGCUGUCAUGAAGGCAUGCCGGAAAGCACGAACACGCAGCUUCACUGCCUCGGAUUGUGUCCCGUCAUUUCCGCUGUCUCCUGACUCGGCGCUGUUAGAGAUGCAGAUCUAACCGGCUUACACCGUAACCCAAUGCGAGAUGAUCAGAAACCUGUGUGUCCUGUCAUGAUGUCAGAGCUUUGAACAGUUCCUGUGGCCCUGAGUAAGACUGAACCACAAAACCAGCCACCGACUCAACAAGCAAUAACACAUGCUACAGUUUCCACUGUGUUUUUGUUUUUGUUUGUUUUCCUCCCCUCUUUUAUUUGUUUCUGCAGUCCUCGAUUUUUCUGCACGGGAGCCUCAGAUCCAAAUGCAUAUCUCAAUGGAAGAAUCUCAAACCUUUCCCAAUCAAGUCAGUUUAAUGUUUGUUUAAUGAUUUAUUUGUUUGUUUGUUUGUUUCUCAGAUGUCGUACUGUAAUCAAGCAAGCGAUCACACAGUUAAUAUUUUUCAGGUAAAUGUGUGAUUUUUUUUCUUUUCUUUUUUUCUUUUUUUUUUUCUUUUUUUUUUACGUUGAAUAUGCAGGAAAUACUUUUUGAAUAUCCGUACACAAUCAUACAGGAUAUGAAAAUAAGUCGGCUUUACGUUAUUAAAACCGUCACACUAAUCCUGAGCAAAUCCACUCGUGCCACACGUGAAAGGAAAAACAAACAAACAAGCCGAACGCUUUUUAACGGGAUGUAGAGACACGUGUGUGUCUCACGAAGAGGGAACCAAAUCAUUGUUUUAAUUUAACGUUUAAAUGUAUAAUUAUUGUUUUUGCAGAUGUAAUCCGGGUGCAUCUGAACCUGUUCACUUCCGUGUGUGUGUGUGUGUGUGUGUGUGUGUGUGUGUGUGUGUGUGAGAGAGAGAGAGGGAGAGUGUGAAAGUGUAACAUUUUGUUGGUGCAUGAAUGGCUGUCGUAGCUCUAAAGUGUGCGAUUGUUCAGAUCUUAUUAUAAAGAAGGAUUUAUGUUACAGUUUGCUUGUUUAAUCAGAUUUUGUGUUUUGUAUAAUGACAUUCAAGAGUGAGAAUUAAAGAAAUAAUGUAGACCUGGGAAAGGUUUUUGUUUUAAAUUAUUACCUGAAUUGCCCCCUCUGGCGGUGGAUCGGUGUAUGACAUUGUGUCUGUGACAUGGGGGGUGGGGGCAGAGCAUGCUUGCUGAAAUAUAUUUUUAAUGUAUUUAAAAAAUACUUAUGCAUGCAAGAUGGUUGGUGCAAAGGAUUAUGGGUAUAUAAUAUUUUUUUUUUUUCAUGAUCAAACCUGUUAAAUAGAAAUAAAUACCUCGUUUAUAUUAUUAAGAAAUAUAAGCAAGAACAUUUUUUUUUUGAAACACUUUAAAUAUGUGUGCACCUCAAAAAAGUCCAAGGUAUGAAAAUAAUAAGUUUGAAACAGUUCUGCGCAACAGAGUUAAACAUUUUGGUGGGGUGAACCAGUUUAACAGUUUACACUACGCUUGAUUAUUAAUCCUGUGUGUCGUUACCUGGAUGAUCAACGACUGUGUUUAUGUUUUGUGAGAGUUCUUCAUGAGUCCCUUGUUUGUCCUGAGCAAAUUUCCUCCUCACCGGCCACAACAGAGCGGCUCAGCUCAGCCCCGGUCACGGCAUCAUCAAAACAGAGAAGAGCUGUGUCGAUGACAGCGGACAAAGCUUUAACCUUUUAUCCUGGUCAGUGUUGUAGUGGAUUCGGAGUCUCUCCCAGGAACACAGGGUGCAAGGUGGGUUCACAGACUGGAUGGGACACCAGACCAUCACAGGACACCAUACAUACCUGCAGACAAUGUAGCUUAGCCAAUCUGCCUACAUGCAUUCUUUUAGACAGUUGGAGGAAACCGGAGAACCCUGAGGAAAUGUGAUGAUGUGAGGGGUGUAGGGUGCGUCUCGAUCAGCUCUCUAGGUCGUGAAUCAGUAUAUCGUGUACACGAGUUCGGGCGCUGGUAACGACCCUGACUCACUACACACUGGGACACUGAUGAUUCAAUUUCCGGUGACAUGACCACGUACUCACGUUGUAAAACAUCACUGCCAUUUAUCAACAGGCAGGAUCGAUAUCUUUCUGACAUUAUAUGACAUAAAUUUGUUAGCUUAAUCACACAACGUUCUGUCAUGGUACUUCAAGCAGGAUCGUACGUAAGCUGGUGUAUUUUUUUAAAUCACUAACGUAAGUAAUCAUUUGAGAGCCGUCAUUUCCAGUAAGGGAACAU